AUGUGCGUGGUUUGGGUGAAGCUAUUCGACUUUGAAUUCUUCUAUGGAAAAGUUCCUGUGUUAGAAGUUGAUGGAAAGCAAUUGGCUCAGUCCGGUGCAAUCCUUCAAUAUUUGUCUAAUAAAUUUGGUUUGGCCGGAAAGGAUGAAUGGGAGAAGGCUAAAAUUGUUGAAAUUUUUGACUUUUACAAGGAUGUUUAUAAUGAAUUGGCACCUUAUAUUUAUGCUAAAUGGGGUAUUCGUGAAGGCGAUGUGGAUAAACUUCGAAAGGAUGUAUUUCUGCCUGGUGCAGAACGAGUCUUUCCACUUUUUGUCAAAUUGCUGGCAGAGUCUGGAUCGGGAUUUUUUGUCUCAUCAGGCUUAACUUAUGUUGAUUUUGUAUUGGCUGAAUAUUUUGAAUUGGUCCGUUCAUUUGAGCCGGAAAUUGUCGGGAAAUACAAAGAAUUGAUUGCUUUUAUUGACAAAGUUUAUGCCGAACCGAAGCUGAAGACUUAUCUAAGUACUCGAAAGACUUGA